AUGACGUCGAUGCUGAUGCUCUUAGUAGCAACUGGGACAUGCCAGCCUCAUCUCUCCAGGCGUAUACAAAAUGCUUUAGGACAACCGCAACAUAAGAACGCGGAGAUAUUAGUUGCAAGGGAAUAUAUCCGGUUCUACAAACAAGAAGAAGACAGCGACAAGACGCUACUAAAGUUUUCCAAGCUUAACUUCAAAUUCCUACAGCUACAGUACCUUCAAGAACUCAAAGACCUCUCGAAAUGGUACAAGGAGAAAGAAUUUGAAUCUAAGUUGCCACCUUACUACAGAGACAGACUUGUGGAACUGCACCUCGUUACGCUACCAUUCUUUGAGCCAAAAUACUCACGUGUGAGGAUUAUGGUAACUAAGCUGUUCGUUGUUCAAAUAAUUCUUGAUGACACAUGUGACAGAUAUGCUUCUCUUCGUGAAGUUGAAAGUCUCGGCAAUGCAAUCGAAAGGAGGUUUUGGCACGGCGACUACACUACUACAAAGUUUGCAAUAAUUUUGGAAGUUUGA